AUGUUAUUGGAGUUAGUGAAAGACAUGCUUCCCAAAGAUAAUGUUCUUCCGGAUAGUACAUAUGAGGCGAAAAAGUCACUAAGCCUAAUAGGUUUACCUUAUGAGAAAAUCCAUGCAUGCCCUAAUGAUUGUGUAUUGUAUCGAAAUCAAUACGAAUCAUUAGAGAGUUGUCCAAUUUGUGAAGCUUCACGGUACAAGAAAAGGGAUGGAGCAGUACCAGCGAAGGUUUUAUGGUAUUUUCCUAUAGUACCAAGGUUCAAGCGAUGGUUUUCAAAAGCAGAAGAUGCAAAGAAGUUGACAGGGCAUUUCGAUAGUCGAUUUGACGAUGGAAUGCUUAGACAUCCAGUUGACUCUCCGCAGUGGAGAUUUAUUGAAGGAAAAUUCCCUGACUUUGCCCAAGAAAAGAGUAAUUUACGCCUUGCAUUGUCUACGGAUGGGUUCAAUCCAUUCGGUUCCUUGAGUAGCACAUAUAGCACAUGGCCAGUUAUGCUAGUGACCUACAACUUACCUCCUUCAUUGUGCAUGAAGAGAAGGUAUAUGUUCUUGUCGUUGUUAAUUCAAGGUCCAAAGCAACCGGGCAAUGACAUCGAUGUGUAUUUGACUCCACUUAUUGAUGAUUUGAUUAUGCUUUGGGAAGAAGGUGUUGAAGUGUUUGAUGCUUAUCGCAAUGAGAAUUUUAAUUUGAAAGCAAUGCUAUUUUGCACUAUCCAAGAUUUUCCGGCGUAUGGCAACCUUUCGGGGUACACUGUGAAGGGGAAAACAGCUUGUCCCAUCGGUAUGGAAGAUUGCAAGAGAACGUGGUUAAAUGCAUCUAAAAAACAUGUUUAUCCGGUUCAUCGCCAGUUUUUGCCGCCUAAUCAUCCAUAUCGCAGGAGAAAGAAUGUGUUCAAUGGGAAGCAAGAGUUUAAAGGGCGAUCAAAAGUCAUCUUAGGUGAAGAGAUAUUCGAUAAGGUGAAAAAUAUUGACAUCACAUUUGGCAAGAAACAUAAAUCGGCCCUUUCUACGCAGGGGUUCAAAAAGUGUUCGGUUCUUUGGCUGCUUCCUUAUUGGAAAUAUCUUUGUGUGAGACAUUCACUUGAUGUUAUGCAUAUUGAGAAGAAUGUGUGUGAUAGUUUGAUUGGUACCUUAUUGAAUAUCAAUGGUAAGACUAAAGAUGGAAAAAAAGCGAAGGAUGACUUGAAGGAUAUGGGGAUUAGAGGUGAACUCCAUGCUGUUGAUAAUGAUAAAGGUCGAACAUACUUGCCUCCUGCUGCUUACACUUUGUCAAGAAAAGAGAAAAUCAAAUUUUGUGAAAGCUUGACAGGAGUGAAAGUGCCCGAGGGUUAUUCUUCUAAUAUUCUCAACCUUAUGAAUAUGGAAACCUUGAAACUUGUAGGCCUAAAGUCACAUGAUUGCCAUGUUUUGAUGCAACAAUUAUUACCUGUGGCGAUUCGCUCAAUUUUGCCUAAAGAUGUUCGAUUUGCAAUUAUCAGACUAUGUGGAUUUUUUCAUGCAAUUUAUAGCAAAGUAAUUGAUCCUAAAGAGUUGACUACUUUGGAGAAUGAAAUUGUUUUAGUUUUGUGUCAAUUAGAGAUGUACUUCCCUCCAUCAUUUUUUGAUGUUAUGGUUUAUUUACUAAUCCACUUAGUUAGAGAGAUAAGAUAUUGUGGUCCGGUUCACAUGAGAAAUCAGUGGUAUUUUGAGAGGAAAAUGAAAACCUAUAAGGGAUAUGUGACGAAUGCUUUUCAUCCGGAAGGUUGUAUAGCUGAACGAUUGUUUUAUGAAGAAGUUCUUGCUCAUACCGGUGACUUUUUUUUGAAAUCAAAGCGGAUAGGGCUUCCUGUAUCUCGUCAUAGUGGAAGAAUGGAUGGUGAGGGGACCAUAGGUCGAAAACAGCGUGACUUGUCUUAUGAUGAUUGA